AGUGGCGCCAGGGGCGAAUGGCUCGUGUGGUGUUGCAGGAUGAAGACAUAACCACCAAGAUAGAAAACGACUGGAAGAGACUCAACACUCUCAUGCACUACCAGGUGUCGGACCGCUGCGUUGUGGCUCUGGUGCCGAAACAGACCUCAUCAUACAACAUCCCCACCUCGGCCAGCAUAUCACGCACCUCCAUCAGCAGAUACGACUCGUCGUUCCGCUACACGGGCAGUCCCGACAGCCUGCGCUCGCGUGCGCCCAUGAUCACCCCCGAUCUGGAAAGCGGUGUGAAGGUGUGGCAUCUGGUGAAGAACCACGAACAUGGGGACCAGAAGGAAGGGGACCGCGGCAGCAAGAUGGUCUCUGAGAUUUAUCUGACCAGGCUGCUAGCGACCAAGGGUACACUUCAAAAAUUUGUUGACGAUCUAUUCGAGACGUUAUUCAGCACAGUCCACAGGGGGAGCUCUCUUCCCUUGGCGAUCAAAUACAUGUUUGACUUCCUGGAUGAGCAGGCGGACAAACAUGCCAUUCAUGACACAGACGUACGUCAUACAUGGAAAAGCAACUGCCUUCCAUUGCGUUUCUGGGUGAACGUGAUCAAGAACCCGCAGUUUGUGUUUGACAUCCAUAAGAGCAGCAUCACGGACGCCUGUCUAUCUGUCGUGGCUCAAACCUUCAUGGAUUCCUGCUCCACAUCAGAGCACCGCCUUGGCAAAGACUCCCCAUCCAAUAAGCUGCUCUACGCUAAAGAUAUCCCCAAUUACAAGAGCUGGGUAGAGAGGUACUACGCUGACAUCAACCGGCUGCCAUCCAUCAGUGACCAGGACAUGAAUGCAUAUUUGGCAGAGCAGGCCAGACUCCACUCCACAGAGUUCAACAUGCUCAGCGCGCUCAACGAGAUCUAUUCCUACGUCAGCAAGUACAGCGAGGAGAUCACAACUGCUCUGGAGCAGGACGAGCAGGCGAGGAAACAGAGGCUCGGCUACAAGGUGGAGCAGCUCAUCUCUGCGAUGUCCCUCGAGAGCUGAGAGUGACCCCUACUGACGAACAGAGGGAAUGAGGAAGAGAGGACCACAGUCUCUACUGCACCUCCCACAAUGGUCCCACAUUACUUACCUCUCAUCGUGGGGGGGGCCUCAACCACGAGCCGGACCUGGGAUCUCUUGUAUUCACGGCCCGACAGACAUACAACUGCAUUCAUUUGUAACACUCCCUCUUUCCUUUCAUGAGCUAAGGGCCCACAGACUGAGACAGAGGCCCCUGCAGCUGCAGCUGAAAAUGACACGAGGAAGGAAGGUCAGCAGAGAAGACAACAACAUGGCUUGUAUUUAUUUUGCUUUUGUUUUAUUUUUUGAUUUCUCAAAGGAAAUUUUCUCUCAGUUUAACAGGAAAGUGGGUGUGUGUGUGUGUGCGUGCCUGCAUGCGUGUGUGUGUGUGUGUUCUGAGGACUCCUGCAAAGACUGUGAGAGCAAAUGAAGAAACUGAUUUAUUCUCUACUCAGUCAGAAACUCUCAUCUGAGUGUGAAAUGGAGACAAAAAAGAAGAAGCGAGAAGCACAGGAGCAAACUUCACGUUGGACAGCUACGCUCAGAUUUCUCAGAUUUUAUUUUUGUACUUGUACAUGUGAAUAUUAUCAGUUGCAGUUUGAAUAGCCACCCAGGAUGCUGUGAGCGUCGUUGUAUAGAGACAUUGUGACGCUGCAUCGGGGUGAUAUGGUCGUAUUACGGGCCAUGAUCCAUGUCUUCUCUCCCUCCCUGCCUCCUCGGACUUGAUGCUUCAUGUGACUCGGACAAAACGUCUCUGCUCUUUAUCCAAUCAGAAGUGUACAGGAAACCCUGUGCACGCAUGUCAUCGAAGAGUCAAAUGAACUCCACUGGUGGUGGACACAGCUCAGCCAGCAUGCUUGCACCUAAACUGAGGAUGAAGACAGAUGAAGUCCCUCGUGUAUUUAGGAGAUGACCUUGAAUCAGCAUCCCUCUGGCGUCCAAGGCUUCCUCCAGCAGUUAGAUCAUCUGUGUAUGUUCCGGUCGAUACUUGCCAAUCAGUGUAUGUGAAUGUACAAAAUGUUUUUAUUGUUUUGAGUGUAUGUCUAUUUGAGUUUUAUCAAAACACAAAGGGACUCAGUUGACCUGAGCUCCGUAGAUAUUUUCAGAGUCAAGUGUCAACUGUCCUGACCCCAACCCCGUCUACCCGCUAGGUUUAUCAUCCAUUGUCGCUUUUCCGCUAGAGGAGAGUGAUUCGUCGAGCAGUUAGUACAAACCAGCGACUGUGUGUGAAGAUAGAUGACAGGUCUUCACCUUCUGGACUUAGCUGAAAAAUAUUCCAGAUACGGGCGCUGCCAUCUUGCGCUGGUCGUUUGGAGCCAGAGUCUGCGUUCGUUGUGUGGAGCCGCUGUAUCAAGGUCCCACCGAUACAUGCGCUCGACCGAUCGCACGUCAGUCUCAGCUGCCGCAUGACUGUUUUAUAGCGUCAAAUAGUCUCUUAGUGGAAAGAUGAACACCCCAACUUGAGAGAAACAUUUGAAAAACAUUUAUCUAAUGUGACUUUUUAUUUUGGUCCGUGUCCCAUCGUCUAACAUGGAGGAGGCCGGAUUUCCGUCAAGUUGUCCAUCUCCACAGCAUUUAGAGUCCAAUUGGUGAAACGCUCCACUGUAUCUGUGGGAAACUUUCUGUGUCCUCUGCAUCCGAUUGCACAUCACAAUGUUUUUAAGGGUCCAUCUUUGAUUUUAUCAAGUGCCAACGAGUCCUGCCAGUUCUUGUUGGCCAGUUGAGACGGCAGCUGAUGGGAGAUCUAACCCGACCACCGUCCAUGUCUUCACAGGGACAAUAAAAAGCCUAUAGCUGCGUGGGUCUACUUUGACCAAGUGCCAAAAGAUCCCGUCCUUUCCGAUUCUUCGCUAAUGUGUCAAAAAUCGGUUUAUGCUUUACAGAGGGAGCCAAGCUCUCGUAUUUUGGAGUGUGGAGCCGGUUGAAGUUGAAGCGCGUAUAACUGGAGUUUAAAAAGUCACGAAAGGUACGAAACCUAAGCAGAAGAAAAGAGGAGGUGUCAAAGACAUAAACACACACACACACACACAUAAGACAGAGUAUGUUUCAUGUUUUGUGGAUGCGUCUUCAGACUUAAACCAAACAGUCACCAGCUGAAGGGCCGAUGUUACCUUCCAACCUUCUAGCUGGACGACAACAAACUGUAGAUUCCGUCCGUGUGGAUUUAAUUUUCCUCUCAGAUAUAUAUUUGCUUGUUGUUUACAUCAAGUACUUGAACAUAUGUAGUACUAAAGGUUUGUACAGUGCAGUACUGCAAGUUUGUGAGUGGGCGUGUGUGUGUGUGUGUGUGUGUGUUUGCUGAGAGUGUGAAAAACACCAUGGGUGGGUGAAAGGUGCUUCUUUUUCUCUGUGGCCUUAGAUACCCACCUGCAUGUUCACGAUCUUAUUAGUCCUCCACUCCGGCACAUUUCUCUCAGUGCUUCUCGGAGCCCAGUGGUUUUUCAGUGGUACCUGGCCCAGGCGCUCUGCUUCCAGAUAAAGUAAGAGGAAAGGUGAAGAGGGUACGGGCCCGGCUCAGGCAGACAUCGCCUCGCUCAACGCUCAGUUUGCCUGCACUGUUUGAAGAGAAGUGUCGAGAAAUGAGGGAGAGAGAAAGCGAGAGAGGGAGAGAGAGAGAGAGAGAACCCCUUUAGCUCUAGUUUCCUGCUCCGGCUUUGAAGCUGCUCUUUGAUGUGAGUCAGUUGUGUGCACAGUGUGAUCAGGAGAUGGAAAAAAAGGAAAAAAGAAACAUCAAACUCGCAGCCAAGGAGAAAUGUAAGAUGAGGUGAUGAUUGACGCACUGUUCCUGAGUCUGGCCAGUGGGGGGCAGAAGUGGGUAAGAGUAGUUGUAUUUUGCUCCUUCGUCUGAAAAAGCACCUUUUUCGCUCCCUGACCCCAACAUGUAGGUACACAACAGAUUCAGAGCGCAUACACAUGAAGCUUCUUCCGUUCGAUUAAGGUGUCUUCCCAAUUUCAGCGAAUAGAAUUGUAUCCUCCUCAUACCUCACAUUGCUUGUAUGGAGUAAUGCUUUUUAUUAAUCAUUUUAACCGGAAGUAAAUGCCUUUUCCUUUUCCGAGGGAUGAACUGUAGGUGUGUUAAAGUCCCUUCCGACACUUAGCGGAGCUUCCCCUGUCGUAAUCAGAGACACGCAAAUUAGUCGAGAGUGUGUUUGAUUUUUCUCUCAAAGAUCGUUUAUAUCAUCAUUUCCUCUCGUCUCGUGUGAGAUUUUUGCAUGCGGUAUAUUUCAUGCUUCAGUCCUGUGUGGUUUUUCCACGUCGAGUCGAGCCGUCAAUAGUCGAGCUGCGAUUCUUUUCCGAAAGCCCAUUUGUACGCGUCUUAAAUCACAGCUGAAUGCACCUUUUUUUUUGUGAAAGAGAUUUUUUUUGUGGUUUGUUUUUGUUACUUAUUGCUUGUUUCCAUGCUGUGCACUUGAUUCUGGGAACCUUUUCAAUUCAGUUUGAACUGAGAAGAAGGAAGUAUGUUUACUCUUUCUGCAGCGCAGAAUAAAGUUUGACUGCCAGUAGUGACAUGAGGAGAUGCUCAUAAACACGACCUCAUUCCAGCUCGAGCUGAUUGCAAAUUGAACAUGAUAUGUGCACCUUUUUUUUUUUUUUUUUUUGCUCUCGGUGUAAUGUGUUGCCGCAGAGAUGUUGUUGCGGUUAUUCAUCAUUCCUUACAGAAAACAAAGCAUUUUUGUUGUUUGCUUCAUGGCGUCAGACUGAGGAACUGAAAUCCAGAUCAAUGUAAUAAUCUCAAUUCAAAAUAUCACCAAGUAUAAAAUGAGUAUCCUUCCAUUUUAAACACGUUGUAAACAAACCCUUUUUAGACACUGGAGUUCUGUAAAAUAGUAAUUACUGGCAAUGAUGAUGACGAUGAUGAUGAUGAUAAUAAUAAUGGCUGUCUGUUCUUCUUGUUUUAUAAAAGUGUUGUGAAAAUUGUAAGAAACUUAAAGUAUUUAAAAAAGUUUGUUCUCUUGUUUUUUAUUUGCUUUGGUUUUGUUAUGAUAAUAUAUUAUUGUGUACCUAUUGUAAAUAUGAAGCACACCUAUUUUGCAAGCCAAGGAUUCACUUUGUACUGUUGUUAUAUAUAAAUAAACUUU